UGGUUUUAGAUCAUUAGCGGGGAGUCUUCAGUGAUCUGGGACACAACAUCACUUGGACCAGAGAAUCAUUGAGGCAUCUUGAGUUGACUACAGAGAGCUUCAUCACACAGAACUGAAGGACCUGACAACGUAGAGCCCGACCGUUCCAAAAAUGGCAGAAAUUGAGGAAGCAAUUGAAGGCGUUGAUGAAGCCAUUGAAGGGGCUGAAGGAGGCAUCGAAGAACUGCCAGAAGAAAUACAAGAGGAAAUAGAGGCCGAAGUAGCUGAGGCCCGCACUGAGGUUGCAGAGUUUUCAAAAGUUGCUGAGACUUUGAAAACCUUCCUUAAGUUUGUCACGACAAGCAUACCUAAGGUGGUAGCAUUUGUUGGGAAAAAUGUGGCCAUUGGUGUGAUCCUUUGGGGAGUAAAUGUGAGUCUCAACAAAUUAAUAACCAAAAAAAGUCCCAAAACCGAGGCUUUCGAAGUCAAGCAGAAACGUGCUGCCAUUAAGGCCCUGAGCUCCGUGAUCAAGACUGAGACUGACUUAAGUAAGAAGGCCUUGGAUUGGAUGAAGGAGCACAAAGAUGACAUGAUCACCCUGGCAGGGUUUGAGGUGCCAUUGGAAUCGGUUAUUGCAAAGUAUCUCACACCAAUAUCUGAGGCUGUUGACUCAGCCUACGAUAUCGCAAAGAAACUUAAGGGCAAGCUUGAUGGAACCAUCUACUACAACAUCCCAACUGGAGGAGACAUGAGAGACUUCCUCGCAGCCGGUGACGCAUUCCUCAAAGGCUUCAGUGACCUGGACGAGUUCAUCGCCAAAAAUCUGGGCAAGAUUCCACAGCUGGCGACCUUCCCAGUGAAACAGGGAGACAUCGAUGAUCUUACGACUCAGCUGAAGGUUGCCAAGGACCUACCUUUGCGGUAAAGAGAUGCGAUGCCUUGACUUUUGAUUAGUAGAGACAAAAGUCAGAAAGGCCAGUUUUCUUAAAAUAUACAACCGUUAUUACACAGGUUUUGUAUCAGGCAACGCAGGAUAGUUGCAGCUUGCUGUGUGACAUCAUGGAUUUGAGCAGCCAGAGAUGUAUUAUGGUGGAUUAUGAUGAUGGAUGUUAUGUGCUGACUGAUGUCGUGUUCAUCAGUUCUACAUUGAUGUGUUUCUCUUUGCCUCUGACGCUUUGGAAAAGGGAAUAAAACAGCUUUGUGUGAUGGUGCAUGUUAUCGCUGAUCAUAAUAAACGUCUAUUGAUUAAACAUUCA